AUGAGGUCUGCUACGGAAUGCAUGCAUCGCGCACUGCUAUCAAUAUGGCUCGCAGUUCUGUUUUUCCUUCUGCCCAGCGAGGCAUAUCGGGACGUGUCGGAUGGGACCCUAAAGGCGCUCCCGCGGCCAGGAAAGGACUUUGAUAUUCAUGACGGCGCUAUUCUCUCGCCCAUCCUCAUUCCUCGUGUGCCUGGCACUCCUGGGUCCACGAAGGUCCUCAAUCACUUUACCGACUUCUUCCGGACUUCUCUUCCGAAGUGGAACGUUGAAUUCCAAAAUUCAACCUAUGUGACUCCUGUGUCCGAUGGAAAGGAGGUCCCCUUUGUGAACUUCAUUGCCUACCGCGAUCCCCCCAACGCAGCAAAGGGUGAUGUGGGGAGACUUACCCUGGUCGCCCAUUACGAUAGUAAAUAUGAGCCCAAGGGCUUUAUCGGGGCCAUCGAUAGCGCCGCUCCGUGUGCCAUGAUUAUGCAUGCUAUGAGGAGUAUUGACGACGCUUUAACGAGGAAGUGGGAGUCGAUGGCUCCCGAUGAUGAUUUCCUGGACGACCACAUUGGAAUCCAGGUCCUUUUCUUGGACGGCGAAGAAGCCUUCAAGUAUUGGACUGACUCUGAUUCAUUGUAUGGAGCUCGCUCGCUCGCCCAGCAUUGGGAUUCCGAGGUAAAUCCAGGAAUGUCGGUUUACAAAACGCCGCUUUCAUCCAUAUCCUUGUUUGUUCUCCUAGACUUGCUGGGUUCCAAAGAUCCGAUAAUACAUUCGUUUUAUUCGACCACGCACUGGGCCUACCAAAAGCUGGCAAAUGUUGAACGUCGCCUGAGAGAGCUGAAGGUGUUCAAGUCCAGCGGCAAGACAUGGUUUCCUGAUAGCUCGAAGAAUGAGCGCCAAUUAUCUGGCGGCUCCGGUAACCUAGGAGAUGACCAUGUUCCGUUUCUUAAACGCGGGGUGGAAAUCUUGCACGUUAUUGAUUACUCCCCCGACCGUCCAUCUGGGUUUCCAACCGUCUGGCAUGAAAUGCAAGGUGUUAAAGAUGACGGUGAACACCUCGACACCGAUACAGUAGAGGAUUGGAGUCUUCUCAUUGCUGGAUUCGCCGCCGAGUGGAUGGAACUGGAGGGCUUCAUGCCGGGAUCAAAGACCGAAAUGAAGCGCAACAAGACUGAAUUGUAA